AGGUGAUAAAUGUGUUGGUGUGUGGGGCGACCUUCACGCCGUAGUGUCCAGCUCCGGCAACAGGUGUCAGCACCGGCGCUGCCACAAUCAACAAAAACAACCUGUUCUCACUCCACUUUAUGUGAUGUGGCAGUGCGACAAACAGAAGCUUCCAGUACCCAGAUGCCAUGGUCACCGCACCUGCUGGGACUCACUUUGCCAUUAUGGUGUCUUGAGGAGCACCUUCUGAAAAGUCUAGAAAUGAAAUGCUGCAGAAGCAGAAAGUAGUAGUGCUUUACUUACAUAUACUGUAUCUGGAAUAUCCAUGAUCAGAGAGUAGUUUUGUGAGGCUGCAGAAAGAAUAGGAUGGUUUCUUGAAAGGUACUGAAAGUAAAGGACUUCCUGCUUGUGCGUUUGGAUUAGUAACAUUUGUGAUAACUUUAAAUACUUCAUAAAUGUGGAGUUUACAAAGUACUGAAUCAAUGUUGAACUGAAACAGAUAAUUAUAUAUAUACAUAUACUGUAUUUAUACUGUGUACUUAAUAUAUUUGAAAAUAACAAGUUUUUGUAAGAAGAGCUUAUAUACAUACCUACUUUACCUAAGUUGAAAAUUUUUGUGGUUGUGCUUCCAGACCAUACUCCAGUGCCUUACUGAAGAGUGUUACUAAAUUGCAUGUAUAGUGUUGAAAAAUAGUGAAGUUUUUAUUAGAAGAGUGAUUUGUAUAUCCCAAGUUAGAUGUAGAAAAUAUCCCCGAGAGUACAAUAGUUAUAUUUUGUGAACCUAAAUAUAUGUACAGUAGAUAUUUUUGUAGUAGACUAGUGGAACUAUAGUGAAAUUUCCAUUCCAUUUGUGAGAAAAUUAUUGUGAUUGCAAAGUGACUAUUUUAUCUAGAACAGUAUUAGUCUUUAACUAUAGUAACAAUUAUAUACCUGUUUGAAAGAGCUUACAAUAAAGAUAGCUACCUGAGUGUGGUGUUAUGAUAUGGUGUAGAGUGAGGCAAUUAUUGUGAACCAACCUGACUGGAGAAGUGAUAAGAGAAGUGUUUUACAGAAAAGAGAGACACUUGUUUUCCUGGCUGUCAGUGAGGGGCCUUUCAUUUCAGGACCCAAAUACGGUACAUAGAGAAUAUUCGGAAAAAAUAUUUGUAGUGCUUCAUCACAAUGAGUCUGAAACGUAUACGGCGGCGCCUGUCUCAGACCUUUACCAGGUUUCACGAUGGUAGUCUGACAGAACUGGCGGAGCACCUCACCAUUGAAGAAAAUGGAGGAAUAAGGGAAAAUGCCAGCUUCCACGAGGGUAUGAAGGCUCAUACAAGUUCAGCGACUACUCCUACCUUCACCAGAAUCAGUCGCCGCCUCUCCUUAUCCAAUUCCCGGAUAUUCAGCGACUCCCACAAACAAGCUUUUGGUCACAGAGCCAUCUCAAUUUUGCCUUACACGUCAUAUGGCAUUUCAUUCAUCUACAAGGACAACAGAAAUAAUCUUCGUCUCAUACAAAAUGUAAGGAUUAUUGUCGUUGUAGCCUCCUGUUGA